AUGAUGAACUCCUCCUGUACGAAACCAAAGAGAGACACUCUGAUGAGAAAAGUCCGUAUUGUUGUCAGUGAUCCUUAUGCUACUGAUGAUUCCUCUAGCGACGAGUGGAUAGAGUUAGUUAAAUCUCCAAAGGUAAAGCGUAUUGUCCAUGAGGUUUACCUCCCUUCUCAGUUGUCCCAGAGCUGUCUAGAUCGCUGCAAUGGUGUCGAAGCUUAUAGAAAGAAAUCUCCUACGCAAUAUAACAAGCCUGUGGGAAUUAGGCAGAGAAAAUCAGGCAAAUGGUCUGCAGAGAUUAGAAACCCAACCACUAAAACUAGAACUUGGUUGGGUACUUAUGAGACUCUUGAAGACGCUGAGAAGGCUUAUGCUGACAAGAAAGUCGAGUAUGAUGCACUGGCCUCUUCCUGUCCUGCUGUUUCCUCGUCGGUUGCAUCAGUGAACAGCCAGUGCUUGAGUUCUCCUUCUCCUCCAUCUGUGUCUGCUCCUUGUGUCAGUUUGUCGAAAGCAAAGAUGUCUCUUAAGGAGGAUGUUGCUGCUUGUGGUGAUUCAACGAAGGAAGUGCUCUGCGAGUUUUCUGAUCUGGAGAUCCCUGAUCUGAGCUUCUUAGCUGGAGAAGAGGAGUCUACGGCUUCUGGCGCUAAUGGUGCGGAGCUAGACUUUGAUUGUCUCCUUACGGAUGAGGACUCUCGCUAUCUACUGGAUGAUUUCUCUUUGCUCGAUGAUGGUAUUAACAUCUCUGGGUUUGAAAACAGUGAUCUGCCUGACUACGAUUUCACAGAUGGAGAACUUGAGCUUGAUGAUUUUAAGUUUGUCUUUGCUGAUCAACUGGAGCCUCCUCUCAACAUCGCUUGCCCCUGA